AUGAGUCACGGUGCCUACAGCAGCCUGGCCAGAGAGGAGGGGGAAGUGGAGGGGGCCGUGAUGCUCGAAGAAGAAGAGGAAAGCUGCGAGCAUCACCACCAACUGAAUAGCAACAGCACGGGAGGUCGUGCAGUUGGCCCCUACCGCAUGUGCAUCGUGUGGUGCCCCAUUCCCGUCCUCACAUGGAUGUGUCCGUGGGUGGGGCACCUCGGCAUGAGCACGAGCACGGGCCUCCUGCACGACUUUGCAGGCCCCUACACGAUCAACACGGGCCACGUCAAGCGACUGACCCGGGGUGGUGGGCUGCUGUGGUGCCAGGAGGUGUGGGGCGCUAGUCCGGAAGAGGCCGCCCAGAAGUGGGACGACGCCGUCGAGGCGGCAUCAGCCGAGUACGCCAAUCGCAUGCACAACCUUCUCUGGGAUAACUGCCACAGUCACGUGGGCUACGCGCUGAACUCGCUUCGCUUCAAGCGUAGCACUCGAUGGAACACAGUGACGCUCAUUUUAUUCAUGAUGCUCCACUCCCACUAUCCCAGCUGGCGACAUGUGCUGCAGACCUACUUGCCCUUCCUCAUACUUCUCACCUUCGCUGCUCUCUUCUUCACCUUCAUUACCGCUUGA